AUGCUUCUUGGUGCUGCGAAAAUCUUGAAACAACUAGAAAACGAAUUACGGGUAGGUAAACUGAUCAUAAAGAUCAAUUGGGGUUCGACUGAUCACCUCAAAAGUGUUCUUAAAAAAGUGGAGGCCAAUUUCGGUCUACAUGUAGUCCUCUCCUCGGAUUGUGGUGUCGUGCAUCUAGUUCCGACGACUUAUUGGCGGGGUCCGAACAUCCAAUUUAAGAAAUUUAGAAAGUCGAUUUCAUUCUUCUCAGCUUCAAUCAAGACAAUAAAAAAAAUAAAAGAAGAAAAAGGAACGACCUGGGAUAUUCAAGAAAAAACCAUCGAGCCCCCUCCACUGUUACGGAUCACUGUUGCUGUGGCAUCUCAUUCUGCAAUAAUGGUGUUCUUCAAUGUCCCUUUUGGAGCUGAAGCUCGGGCUUUUUUUGUCUUUGGGGAUUCACUAGUCGAUAAUGGCAAUAAUGACUUCCUAUUCACUACUGCUAGAGCCGAUUCACCACCUUAUGGCAUUGAUUAUCCGACUCAUCGUCCCACUGGCCGGUUCUCUAAUGGGCUUAACAUCCCGGAUCUAAUCAGUGAGCAUAUGGGAAUGGAGUCCCCAUUGCCAUACUUGCAUCCGUUGCUAAAGGGAGACAAGCUCCUAGCUGGUGCCAACUUUGCUUCUGCUGGAAUUGGAAUCCUCAAUGACACUGGAAUUCAAUUUUUAAAUAUAGUUCGGAUGUGGAAACAAUUAGAGUAUUUCCAACAAUUCCAAGUUCGACUGACAGAUAUUGUUGGAGCAGACCGAACUCGUGAGAUUGUUAGCAAUGGGAUCUCACUCAUAUCACUUGGUGGAAACGACUUCGUGAACAAUUACUACCUUGUUCCACUAUCUGCUAGAUCUCGCCAAUUCUCUCUACCAGAUUAUGUUCGCUAUGUAGUUUCUGAAUAUAGAAACAUUCUUUCGAAAAUGUAUGAUGUGGGAGCUAGAAAGGUGUUGGUGAUGGGCACAGGACCAAUGGGAUGUGUGCCAGCAGAGUUGGCUCAACGGAGUAGAGCCGGAGAAUGUUCAGUAGAGUUGCAACGGGCAGCCAAUCUAUUCAACCCUCAACUUAAUGAUAUGUUAAAAGGACUCAAUGAUGAGAAGGGUAGUAAUAUUUUCGUAGCCGCUAAUACAAUGAAAAUGCAUAUGGAUUACAUAUCUAAUCCUCAAGCCUAUGGAUUUAUAACAUCAAAAGUAGCAUGUUGUGGACAAGGACCAUACAAUGGACUUGGAUUAUGCACACCAAUGUCAAACUUGUGUCCAAACAGAGACAUCUAUGCAUUUUGGGAUCCUUUCCAUCCUUCAGAAAGGGCCAAUAGAAUUAUUGUGCAACAAAUGAUUGGUGGCACUUCCAACUACAUGAAUCCGAUGAAUCUUAGCACCAUCUUGGCCAUGGAUUCCAAGGCCUGAUCUUUUAUUUUAUGUGUAAUCCAUUGUAUUUAGCUUUGUUUAUUGAAAGUGUUUCUUAGUUUGUAUUUUCUAUAUUAUGUUGAUGCAAGAAGCAUGUGUGUUUGUAGUUAAUAACAUGCUUAAAUUAUUGUUUAAUGCAUAAUUAAGGUUUGGAUGA